AUGGCUGACUUCAAAACACAGUGGGGUGCUUUCUUCGCUGUGGCAGGCGGUGUUGCAUACGCCUUUUCGCCUGUAUACAAGGGUCUUACUGUUCAGUUCAAGACCUAUAUACAAAUGUCAGGCAUGAUACUCGGCGGGUACCUGGAAGCCGACAAGCGCAUGAUCAACUACCAACACCGCGUCAGACACCACAAGCGGGUUGCUAGGGAUAUGGAGAUCUGGAGGCGGUACGAGGAUUCUUAUGAGGAGAGGGGGACGCCCGGGGUGGGGGCUGAGAGUGAUGUGCAUGGACCGAACGGGAAGGGUAACUGA